UCUGAGGGAGGGGUCGUCCUGCGGGUAGCAGGAGGCUCAGGAGGCUCUGGAGACUGGGGUGAGAGAGAAGAGAGAGAGAGAGAGAGAGCGAGAGAGAGGGAGAGAGAGAGGGAGAGAGAGAGAGCGCGAGCGAGCGAAAGGUGAGCCGAGCUGAAGGAGGGCACGCGCUGCCGGGCACCCCCAGUCUAUGGAGCGGGGUAAGAUGGCGGAGGCGGAGAGCCUGGAGACAGCGGCGGAGCACGAGCGGAUCCUCCGAGAGAUCGAGAGCACCGACACGGCCUGCAUCGGGCCCACGCUCAGGUCUGUCUAUGAUGGUGAGGAACAUGGAAGAUUCAUGGAGAAGCUUGAAACUCGCAUCCGCAAUCAUGACCGAGAAAUUGAGAAAAUGUGCAACUUUCAUUACCAGGGCUUUGUGGACUCUAUAACGGAACUGCUGAAAGUAAGAGGAGAAGCCCAGAAACUCAAAAAUCAAGUGACGGAUACUAAUAGAAAACUACAACAUGAGGGAAAGGAACUGGUAAUAGCAAUGGAAGAGCUGAAGCAGUGUCGACUACAACAGAGAAAUAUUUCUGCCACUGUUGAUAAAUUAAUGCUGUGUCUUCCAGUCCUGGAGAUGUAUAGCAAACUGAGGGACCAGAUGAAAACUAAAAGGCAUUAUCCUGCACUGAAAACUCUGGAACAUCUAGAGCAUACCUAUCUGCCUCAAGUAAGCCACUAUCGAUUCUGCAAGGUGAUGGUGGACAAUAUCCCCAAGCUUCGAGAAGAAAUUAAGGAUGUUUCUAUGUCUGAUCUCAAAGACUUUCUGGAGAGUAUCCGCAAACAUUCAGACAAAAUUGGAGAGACUGCCAUGAAGCAAGCCCAACAACAAAGAAACCUGGAUAACAUCAUCUUGCAACAACCCAGAAUAGGUAGCAAGAGAAAACCUAAGAAAGAUGCAUAUACAAUUUUUGAUACAGAGAUAGGAAGCACUAGCCCCAAGUCUGAACAGGAUUCAGGAAUUCUGGAUGUUGAAGAUGAGGAAGAUGAUGAAGAGGCACCUGGGGCCCAAGAUUUGGUUGAUUUCUCUCCUGUUUAUCGAUGUCUACACAUAUAUUCUGUCCUGGGUGCCCGGGAAACAUUUGAGAACUACUACCGAAAACAGAGGCGAAAACAGGCUCGUUUGGUGCUCCAGCCUCCUUCUAACAUGCAUGAAACUUUAGAUGGCUACAGGAAGUAUUUUAAUCAAAUUGUAGGCUUUUUUGUGGUUGAAGAUCACAUUUUACAUACAACCCAGGGCUUAGUAAAUAGAGCCUACAUUGAUGAACUGUGGGAAAUGGCACUUUCAAAAACCAUCGCAGCACUCCGUACUCACUCGUCUUACUGCUCUGAUCCAAACCUCGUGUUAGAUUUGAAGAACCUCAUUGUGCUUUUUGCUGACACACUUCAGGUGUAUGGUUUUCCUGUAAAUCAGCUUUUUGACAUGCUGUUAGAAAUCAGAGAUCAAUAUAGUGAAACUUUGCUAAAGAAGUGGUCAGGUAUUUUCAGAAACAUACUUGAUUCUGACAACUACAGUCCUAUACCAGUAACAAGUGAAGAGAUAUAUAAAAAGGUGGUAGGACAAUUCCCAUUCCAAGAUACAGAGCUGGAAAAGCAACCAUUUCCAAAAAAGUUUCCAUUCUCUGAAUUUGUGCCAAAAGUUUACAACCAAAUUAAAGAAUUUAUCUACGCCUGUCUGAAGUUUUCAGAAGAUCUUCAUCUAAGUUCAACUGAAGUUGAUGACAUGAUUCGUAAAUCUACAAACCUGUUGCUAACUAGGACUCUGAGCAGCUCUCUGCAGAAUGUCAUUAAAAGGAAGAAUAUUGGACUUACUGAGCUUGUCCAGAUUAUUAUCAAUACAACACACUUGGAGAAAUCCUGUAAGUACUUGGAAGAAUUCAUCACCAAUAUCACUAAUGUGCUUCCAGAGACAGUCCACACUACCAAGCUCUAUGGCACCACGACUUUUAAGGAUGCCAGACAUGCAGCUGAAGAAGAGAUUUAUACCAACUUAAACCAGAAGAUUGACCAGUUUCUACAGCUGGCUGACUAUGACUGGAUGACAGGAGAUUUGGGCAACAAAGCUAGUGAUUACCUAGUAGACCUCAUUGCCUUUCUACGUAGCACCUUUGCUGUCUUCACACACCUUCCUGGAAAGGUGGCCCAGACAGCAUGUAUGUCAGCUUGCAAGCAUUUAGCCACGUCCUUGAUGCAACUUUUGCUGGAAACUGAAGUAAGGCAGCUCACCUUGGGAGCAUUACAGCAGUUCAACUUGGAUGUCAGAGAAUGUGAACAGUUUGCCAGAUCCGGCCCGGUGCCUGGGUUCCAGGAGGACACGCUGCAGUUGGCCUUCAUCGACUUGAGACAACUUUUAGAUCUCUUCCUCCAGUGGGAUUGGUCAACCUACCUUGCUGACUAUGGUCAGCCCACCUGCAAGUACCUCCGGGUAAACCCUGUGACAGCUCUGACCCUGCUUGAGAAGAUGAAGGACACUAGCCGCAAGAACAACAUGUUUGCACAGUUUCGGAAAAAUGAGCGAGACAAGCAGAAAUUGAUUGACACUGUGGCCAAGCAACUCCGGGGACUCAUCAGCAGCCACCACUCAUGAAGGCGGGCCUCGGGCCCACAGAGGCUGCUGGCUGCAGCCCCAGAGUCCGGGCCCCAGCGCUGGCUGGCCCUGCAUUUGUGCAUUCUUCUUCAAGGAGAGCAAAUGUAUUUUUUUAAUAACCUAUGUACAGUAUUCGCAUAACCUUUCCCUAUAGUAAAAGAGGCACAAGGGUAAGCAAGUCCACGAGCUGUUGCUAGGCUGGGCUUCAGGGGAAGUCGUACUACACUGUCUGUAUUUUCCUAGAGAUGGCGGUGUCAUCAGUCCAGUAUGAUAAACCACCUUUCAUCCGUGGCUCUAGAGCUUAGAUCUGGGGCUCAGAAACUACACAAACAAAAUGGGUACUUGGCACUGGGAGGUAAGGUGAGUAGGCAGAAGGAUAAUAAAGUACAUCCUGUUCACUCCUAGGUGCCCCAUUCACCGUGUAGGUGAGGCCGAUUCUUCCUGAUGCAAGGAAAGGGCCUGGAAAACAUUACUACUUAGUCUAUCAAAGACCAGCACACAGUUCUGGAGGUUCAUCUCUUCAGUCCACUGACUUUCACUGACCGGUGAACAAGCGUGCUGUGUGGCAAGAUGACGGCUUCGCUCCAGUCCCCUCAAGGAUGGCAUUUUUUAGCCUAGAUCUGACCCAAUGCUUAUACUUCUAAGUUUUCUGGGGCAUGGUAGAGCUGAGUGUGCAGCGGGAAGAACUGGACCUCAUGACUAACUAUAGGUUGCCCCACACCAGGAGGAGAUCUUGAAAGCCAGUGCAAAUGGAAUCAGAGCCCCAGCCCUUCCGCAUUCCUCUCAUUGCCUUCUUUCAGGGUCAGGGUACUUGGUUCAGGGCAUAGGUCAACAGUUAUUCCAUAGACAGAGAGUCUCAGACUUGGCCUCUUCCAACAGUGUCAUUGGGAUAGUCAGAUUCCAGAAGCCUGAAAAUGGCCCUUACUUUACCCUUAGGUAAAACCUUGGAAUCAUUCCUUUGUGUUUUAAAGCCAACUUUCUGGCCACCAUCUUUAAAGGAAAUGUCAUCAGCUCUGUACUGUGGGGACAGCUCUAGCUGGACUGGUUGCCUUUAGUGAUGGAACCACUGUCACCAUGAAGCAGAGCGGGUCAGCCAUGGCUAGUGGUUUGUUACCCAUGGCACAGCUGUCCCUUACUAAGUCAUGUCCUGGGUAAGAAGCUCUUCUUGCUCAAGCCCAAAGCUUCCAUCCCCUUUUGAGGUCCCCAUAGCUAUCUUGUGGCUUCAUCUGAGCAAGAUUGCCUACAGUCCUAUCCCUCAAGCUCUGGAGUUUGCAAAGGAGCCUGGACCAGCUAGCUUGGAGGCUGUGUCCUCUGUCCCAAAUGGGCUCCCGAGACUUAAUGCAAGGGCUUCACUAUGAGGUCAGUCAGAGGAAUCUGCCCUUUAAGACACUUCAGGAAGAUGCUACUAAGGCUACUGGCAAGAGUAUAAUUGUGCAUCACCAAACAACGACAAAUAAGCCACACAGUCAUUUCCAGCUUGGGUUAGUGGAAGGAAAGACUCAUCAGACAGAAUUCUUCACUCCCUUUGUCAGCUGCUGAGUUGCUUCUAGGGAAGGCAGUGCUUCCUUUUUCACUCCCCCGCCCCCAAAUAUUGUAUCACAACUUAAAAACCAUGGGGAAGAAAAUAUGCACACCGACACGCAGGCUUCCUCAAAGCUGGAGACCAGGCCGCGUGUGGGCUCUGCAGAAGGCUUCUGAGGCUCAUCCUAGGGGCUGGGCAGCUUGCCCGGGGUCUCAGAAUGAGGCUCAGACAUGAGUGCUGCCACCCAGAACUUCCAUAGCCAAGGAAAGGCAGGGGUCCAUGGGAAUGAGACCCCAAAUGCCAUCUCUCAGGCUCUGGACUUUAUUAGAAAAGAACGAGAAAUGACCACACUAAUCCCAUUGCUUCAGAAGGGCCCCAAACACCCUCCUUCACUACAUGCCAGUUUACAGCAAGAUCUCUUCCACUUUGAGUGCUGAGACUUUUUGAAGUGGAAUGGAGAGAACCUUAAGCAUAUCACAAUAUUUUUCAACUGCUAUCAUUGCUGGCCUGGUCGCAAACCUGUACCCUGGAGAAACAGUGCUAUUGAAGAGAAAGUGAACAGCGUGGAGGAACGGGGGUUACUCUGCCCCUGGCACACAGAGGUCCCUCUACAGAAAACGCUUAUUCAAGCCCAAGACUCAUAGGGUGGAUCCUUUGCUAGAUCCCUUCUUCCCUCUCGGUCUGCCUCAGCCUUCCCUAACGAAACCAACAUGCAGCUACUGAGUUGUCUGUGGCGACACACUCUUGGUGAGCAGGGAAAGGUAAAAAAACAGGGACCAGCAAUGUCCAAGCUGUUUGAACUGGUGAAGUAGGAGUUUUCAGUUUUGUCUAUAGGCCUCUAGCUGCGCCCGCCCUUGCGAGGACUUGUGCGGAGCAUGGGUGUCCAUGCCCCUCAGACUCCUGACAUCUGGGCUCAAAUGCCCAGAGAUGUAGACGUGCCCUGGAGGCCUCAGUAAGAGGCGAGAACAUGGGUGCCUGGAGGUCUUUCCGUCUUCUAGCUGGCUGAGUUCUUGGGAAAACCAGGUCCAUAUUCCUGAAGGGACAGUCAGAUUUGGGACCCUAGUGGGUUUCAGUAGUAAUUUAGGCAGCUGGUAUAGUUUUAACAUAUCUCAUAGCAAAAUCUCUUUGAGUAGACUGUAAAUGAAGCUGUUGGGGGUGGGGAAGAACAGGACCUGGAAAUUGGAAACAACAGAGUCCCCACUGGUAAAGGGAAUAUACAGGCUUACAGGGAGCAGUCCCCAGUAUUUUCAUUGUCUCCCAGGCCUCCAAGUCAGCCUGCACACUUGACAAGUGCUUGCUCAGCAAAUCCCAGACCCAGGGCCCUUUAUCCCCAAGAUUGGCGUUGCCCAUUGCUUUCCCCAUGAGGCCUCCAAGUACACUCCCUGGGGCCUGCUGCAGAAAUCCCCCUCACCGUAGCCUCACUUCUCCCAAGACUCUGCACCUGGCUGCUUCCAUUGCCUCUUUUUCUUUUUUUCUCCUUUUGCCUGAGUUUGCAGUUACUUUUCACUAAUGUGUUGGAAGUGGCCUUUUUAUUUUGCACAUUUAUGGGGGAAAUUUAGGAAAGUCCAUUUUUAACUCUAAAGGGAACUUUUUUCUUUAAAACCAGUAAAGCUACUGAUACAGAUGGGCCUCAUGGUUAGUAGAAAACCUCUUAUGUGGAAAGAGCAUGUUUAUUCCUCCUGUACGUUUUCCUCUUUUAACCGCUAUUAAAUAAGA